AUAAAGAUAAACCUGCGGAAUCUGAUGAGGAAUCAAAUCCGGGUGUCAUCACCGGAGGGCCAGGUGCUCCCAGUGCGGCCCCGGGGGCCCCUGGAGCCCCUGGGUCCGGCCCACUGCGUCCCAACUCCCAGUCAGCGUUCCUGGGCCCGCUGCUGUGGGAGAGGACCCUGCCCUGUGACGGAGGCUUGUUCCAGCUGCAGUACAUGGACCUGGAGGAGUUCCUCACUGAGAACGGGAUGGGCAUGCACAACAACGGGCCCAGCUCCACCCGGGCCCAGAUCCCCUCCCAGAGCUCCCAGUCAGCGGUGCCCAACCAGAGCUCCCAGUGCCCUCCCAGCUCUCCCCCUCCCUGCUCCUCCUCUUCUUCCUCAAUGUCCUCUUCAUCCUCCUCUUCCUCGUUGCUGGGACUGGAGAACGUCCAGCCUCAACCGCCACCGCCACCACCCCUGCCACCUCAGCAGGAACAAGGCAUGUUGGGAGGACCUGAGUGUCCAGAUGGUGAGUGA